CACGUACUCGCUAUAGUAGAGUAUAGUAUAGUAUUAUAGUAGUAUCAUCAUGCGUGUUAUUUUGUCGAUUGCAUUGAUUUUGACCACUGUUGCCACACUCUGUGGAGCGAUGUGUGAAUCCUGCUGCAAAGUGUCAGCUUGUACUCCAAAUCCCUGUAAAAAUAAUGGUACUUGUACACCACCCGAGAACGAAUACCGCUGUAGUUGUACUCCUGGGUAUGUAGGACAAAACUGUGACGUGAAUGUGUGUCUACCUAACCCAUGUGAAAAUAAUGGCACUUGUUCACCAGUUGAUAAGGGUUACAUCUGUAAUUGUACUACGGGAUAUUUCGGAAAACUCUGUGACGUAAAUCCCUGUGAUAUUUCCAACCCCUGUAUAAAUAAUGGCAGGUGUUAUCCAUCAGAAUUUGGUGUGAAUUGUAGCUGUCCUUCUGGAUUUAUAGGAGAAUUUUGUCAAGAUUCUGAAAAAAUAACACUAGUAGUAAAGGAUUCUGAAGGCGCAACGCCAGUAGAAGAGGUGAGAGAAUGUAACGUGACAGAGUGUAAGGCUAUUGGGGGAAUGUGUGUCAUACAAAAAUGUCAUACCGAUGGUACCAAUUGUGAUGGUAAAGCCUGUAAUACAGAUAAAAGCGAAAUCUGUGUAAAUGAUACUUGUAUCUUCAUAGGUGACUAUUGUGGGACUAUAGAUGACAUAUAUAACGCUUGUGCACCUAUAGGUGAAUCAUGUGGGGAUGGCGAAUUCUGUACCCGUUAUGAUAAAUGUGUAAAUGACACAUGUCGACUUACAGAUGCAUGUGCUUUCAACUCUUCUGUUUGCUCCUACCGUAAUGUUCAUGGCACUUGUUCGGGUGGUGUUUGUCUCGCACCGUGUAAGGAAGGCAAGGAUUGUGGUGGUCGCCCAUGUGUUGGUGGAUACUGUGCAGUACCUAAAUGUGGAGAAUCAUAUUGUCGGUUGUAAUCAAACUGGUUUAUUUGUUCAGAAAGUCAUUAUUAUUAUAUUAAAUAAAAUAAAUUGUAAUAUGUAAUAAUAACUUAUAUUAAAAUAUUUAACAUAAACUAUAUUGUAAUAUUUAGAAACUUCGUUAAUUGAUAUAUUUAACCACUGAUAUAAGGAUUAAUAUAAUAAACUAUAUUGUAAUAUUUAGACGUUUCUUUAAUUAAAAGCAGUACUUUCUUUAUAAAUUAUAAUUCUGAGGCAAAAUAUUCAUCUUAACCAAGAAUUACAAUAUAUUCAUAUGUACUUCAUAAAAACAACUAGAUACCAACAAGUAGCGAUAUUAAAAUAAA